UGCAGCCGAAGCCGAGCCCCAGCGGCCGGCCGCGCCUCCCUCGCGUCUCCGCCGGGAGCCCGACGCCGCCACCGCCCUGCAGUCCCGGCCGGUCGCCAGCUGACGAGGGCAUGAGCUUGUCCCGCGGCCCCGCCGACCAAUCUCCCGCGGCCCGGGCCUCGGAGCCCAGUGGCGAGUGGAAAGAGCUAGAACAAUGCUGAGGUAGGCCAGGUGAGAGGAGCCCCGACGGACCUGACCUGACGGACCUGACCCCACGGAACAGGUGAUCGGACGAGCCGCAGGCCCGGCCACCUGGGCACCCCCUCCCACCCUCCCGGGCCCAGCCCCGCACCCCGAACACGGCCGGGCAACCAUGGCGACCAAUUUCAACGACAUCGUCAAACAAGGCUACGUGAAGAUGAAGAGCAGGAAGCUGGGGAUCUACCGGAGGUGCUGGCUGGUGUUCCGGAAAUCCUCCAGCAAAGGGCCCCAGCGGCUGGAGAAGUAUCCAGAUGAGAAGUCGGUGUGCCUCCGAGGCUGCCCCAAGGUGACUGAGAUCAGCAACGUCAAGUGUGUCACCCGACUCCCCAAGGAGACUAAGCGGCAGGCAGUGGCCAUCAUAUUCACCGAUGACUCAGCACGGACCUUCACCUGUGACUCAGAGCUGGAGGCAGAGGAGUGGUACAAGACCCUGUCUGUGGAGUGUCUUGGGUCACGGCUCAAUGACAUCAGUCUGGGAGAGCCUGAUCUUCUGGCUGCAGGGGUGCAGAGUGAGCAAACAGAUCGCUUCAACGUCUUCCUGCUGCCCUGCCCCAACCUGGAUGUGUAUGGUGAGUGCAAGUUGCAGAUCACCCACGAGAACAUCUACCUCUGGGACACGCACAACCCUCGCCUGAAGCUGGUCUCGUGGCCCCUGUGCUCUCUGCGCCGCUAUGGCCGGGAUGCUACACGCUUUACCUUCGAGGCUGGCCGGAUGUGUGAUGCGGGAGAGGGGCUCUACACCUUCCAGACACAGGAGGGAGAGCAAAUCUACCAGCGGGUCCACAGUGCCACCCUGGCCAUUGCCGAGCAACACAAGCGGGUCCUGUUGGAAAUGGAGAAGAAUGUGAGGCUGCUGAACAAGGGCACUGAACACUACUCGUACCCCUGCACACCCACUACCAUGCUGCCCCGCAGUGCUUACUGGCACCACAUCACAGGCUCCCAGAACAUUGCCGACGCCUCCAGCUAUGCCGGUGAGGGGUAUGGGGCUGCCCAGGCCAGCUCGGAAACAGACCUCCUCAACAGAUUCAUCCUGCUAAAGCCAAAGUCCAGUCAAGGGGACAGCAGCGAUGCCAAGACCCCCUCACAGUGACAGCAGGGCUGGUGGGCAGCGAUGACUGCUAGGCCACCGAUGACAGGGCUGGCUGCAGCCCCCUAUGAACAGCCUCCUGAGGCUGUUGGCCAAGAGCCAGAGAAGGGGAGCCAGGAGCUCCCUCCUUACCCCUAGGGUGAGGCUGGACCAAGGAACAGGGCUGGCCAUACCACUUGAGCAUGUGAGGGGCUGGAGCUACCACAAGACUAUAUACUUCUAAGGAUUUUAAUAUAUAUGGCUUAUGACAUUCUGUAUUAAUGAGAUUUUCCCCUCUAUCCUUCCCCACCAACACAUUUUUUAAGCCCGUGACCAGACCAUGGUCAAAGCUGUUUUUGAGGGCAGCUGUGUCUGUUCUCCACGGUACCAACCACCACCGCCCAGGACCUGGUUGAGCUGCUGGGACCAGGAAGGCGACAAUCAGAACUCAAAGCUGGCACUGCCUACUCCCUAAACAGCCCAGGGACCAGGACAGAAGGUGGCUUCUGUUCCUCUGGCCUUGAGUGGCACAGAAAGGCUAUGACUUCCGCUGUGCCACUUAGCAGCUUUGCACUUGGAGUUUUAAGCAGAGGUGACAUCUGGUUGGGCCUCGUUAUUUCUGCACAGGCUCCUUCCUGCUCAGUAGGCCAAGAUGCCCUGGGGGGAGGGGCGCCAAUUACCUCAGAGGUGGAGGGUGCUGGGGCUUGCUCCUGCCGGGGCUGGGCCAGGCAGGAAGGCCACGGCAAGAGUGCUAUGGGGAGCACCCUGCUGCCUCCUCACUAGCCAAAGGCGGACAGCACCCCAAGCAGAGUCCCUCACCCUGGGCUUGGCUGUCCUGUGCCAGGAAACUCAGAAUCCAGAGACUCUGCCCUCUCCUCCCUACAUGGUGCUGAGGCUCCCUGCUGAAACGCAAUUAAAGCAAUUGAUUUUCUAGUGCUGGUAUUUAUUGACUACCGUGCAGAAGGGCUAUCUUUCUACCCACAUCAAACCUUUGGUUGCGUGGUUCUUUUGUUUAUAUUGUUUUUUAAUACUAUGGACAGACCUUGUAAAUAACCACUAUUCAUGUUUGUGGCAGGAAGGGUGGUGGUGAUAGAGAGGUCCCCUCCCAGAGGUGCCCCACAGUCAGGGAGGUGGCGAAGCCAGCCCAACUCUGAGUGUGACCCAGGGACCGGCCACCCGAAAGAAGCCAGGCCGCAGAGGACCCAGGAGGGAGGCGGAGCGGGCUCUCAGCUAGUGGCACGAUGACGCAUGAAGGAGAUUAUGUUGUGCUCUUUAUUGCCAAAAAUAAAAACUUUCAAAAAGACAAGUACUGCUAAUCAAUAAGUAUCCCUUUCUCUGCACCAGCCUCUU